CAUAAUGCAGAUUUUUGCAUUAAAUUAUAAAACGUAUUUAUGUCUCUAAGACGCCGUUUCUUUUUAAGGAUUAGCUAAUAGAUCCUUUUGGCCUUCAAAUCGCAAAUUGUCCAAUUGGGUCGUUUUAGGGCCGCUGUUUUUUUCGGUGCGGGCGAUUGCAUAUGCACUCGAAAAAGUCGCGUUCUCCGUCAACGUCUCGAAUAUGUUAUCUCGCCGAUUAACAAAAAUUAUUAAUUUUCUCCCAAAAAGAAGCACCAAUUUCAAACAGCAAACUCGUUCGUCGUCGAUUCAACACUUAGAAGAGAAAUACAGACAAACCAAAGCGUUGUGUCGAUCCAAGAAGUUACCCAAAGAUGUUAACAGAACUGGAGUCUUUGCAUGCAAUGAAUUGGAUCUUAAAGAAGUUAAUAUUUAUGGAUUUGAUUAUGAUUACACUCUUGCCCUUUAUAAACCAACUAUGGAUUAUUUAUUGUAUAACUUAGGGAGGCAGAUACUCAUUGAACAUUACAAGUAUCCUAGAGAGAUAUCUCAGCUUGAAUUCAUUCCUGAUUUUGCUAUUCGUGGUUUACAUUAUGACAUAGAAAAAGGAAUCUUAUUAAAAUUAGAUUCAUUCUUACAAAUCCAGCUGGGAUCUGUUUAUAGAGGCCUAACACCUUUAUCUGAUGAAGAAGUUUUGGAUCUUUAUAAAAAUAGGAUUAUUCCUAUUGCUUAUGUCGAAGGAACUAUUAAAGGAGAAAAAAACAAUAAAAGUAAAAUGAUACAAUUAGCAGAUUUAUUUUCCGUACCAGAAAUGGGUUUAUUAUGUAACGUAACGGAUUAUUUCGAAAGGAAUCACAUCGAUUAUCACCCAGAAAUUUUAUUCCGCGAUGUUCAAGAUUCACUUUUUGAUGCUCACUUAGAAAUGCAUAGAGUGGUACCGGAAAACGUCGCGCAUUAUCUUGAAGCGAACAAAAAUCUUCGGUUGUUUUUCGACCGACUAAAAGCAGCUAAUAAGAAACUUUUCGUUGUUACAAAUAGUCCGUAUAAAUUUGUAAAUAGAGGUAUGGAUUUUUUGGUAGGUCCGGAUUGGAAAACUUAUUUUGACGUAAUCAUCGUUCAAGCGAGAAAACCCCGAUUUUUCACCGAUGUAUCAAGACCGAUUCGUAUUUACGACGAACGAAGUGGAAUCCACAUUUGGGAUCGCGUUAUUAAGCUACAAAAGGGCGUUAUUUAUUAUGAAGGUACUGUUAAACAAUUACAAGAACUUACAGGUUGGAGGGGUCAUCAAGUAUUAUAUUAUGGAGAUCAUCCGUAUAGUGAUUUAGCUGAUGUUACUUUAGAACAUGGGUGGAGAACUGGGGCUAUAAUUCCCGAAUUAACACAUGAAAUCGAAACGUUAAAUAAUCGCGAAUUUAAGGAAAAUGCAAAUUGGUUGCACAUGUUGACACAAUUAAUUGAAGAUCACCAAGAUUGUGAGGGUAAAGAAGAGCAAUAUGUGUUGGCAAAGUGGAUGGCUGAAAGGGAUGAGCUCCGUUUUAAGAUAAAGACGGUGUUUAACGCGCAAUUCGGGAGUGUUUUCCGAACGUACCACAACCCGUCCUAUUUUUCACGGCGGCUUUUCCGGUUUGCAGACAUCUACACAUCGAACAUAACAAAUUUGUUGAACUACUCGGUUAAUCAUACGUUUUAUCCGAGGCGAGGCGUAAUGCCUCACGAAUACAUAUCGUAUUUUGUAUAGGUUCGUUUGAUUGUUAUUGUAUUUUUCUUAAAAUAUGGAAAUUUAAGAUGUAUAGUAAAAUUGAAUUUUGUGUUCAGAAGUGCCUAAAAGUAAACGGCUGUGUUGUAUCAUACAUUUAUUUGGGAGAAAAGAAACUAAAAAUAAAAUCAAGAAGCUUUCUUUCAGUA